CGGAUGUAGUUUGUGAGUUUUGGAUCCGGAUCAAAAUAAUACUGUUCUCGUGAAUUUAUUUAUAAUCUAAACUGCUUUACUGAGUUUAUUCGGUUUGUAUAUAAAUUCUUUAUUGCAAACAAAAUCAAAUACAUUUUUCAUCUUUCAUGUAUUCAGCGUCUAUUUUUAUAUACAUUUCGAACUAUUCUCUUAUUAUCACUCAAUAAAUUAAUGCAGGUCCUUGUCGAAAUAAAGCAGUAUGAAUAAGCGAGCUUCGCAAUCCACUAUAACACCUGCACCGGCAAAGCGUGGUCGUCCAAAAACUUCUAAAAAUUCUUCUCAGUUGUCAGAUGCCAAUAAAUCGUUAAACGAAUAUAAAGGACGAUAUAAGAAAUUAAGAAAAACACUAAAGCAUGUGGUAGAAGAACAAGUGUUUUUUGAGCAAUCUCUUACAAAUGCAGAAACAGAAUUAUUAGAAAUAGAACGGGAUAAUGCUUUCAUAUUAGAUCAAUUAUCAAACUUUAUAAAAGUAUCGGAUGAUUCUUCUAACGAAACGGACAGCUCGGAAGAUGAAAGGGAUGAAGAGAAAUCAUCAAAAAAGAGUACAUUUACCUUACCUUCGAUGAGUUCUAUUUCCAGUUCGAAUAGUUUAUUAAAUCCGUCAACAAGUUUACUUGCGUCUACCAUUAGUAAUUCAGUUCCUACUGUAAAACGAAACUCUCUACCGAAAUCUCCAACAAAAGGUGUUAGCGAAGCUGUGAAGCGGCACGUGGAAGAAAAAUUAAAUAGCAAAAGCAAUGACGAUAAACUAACUCUUUUAGAAUAUAUUCCAGAUGAUAUUUUUAGCCAGGACGAUGACGACGAUGAAGCAACAGCAAGUAGUAAUAAUGACGAAGAUUUGGUAAUAGACGAAUUCAACAAAUAG